UCAACAACCUAAAUCAAUAUGUUCAAAUUCAUCGCUCUUGUUGCCCUUUUCGGUUUGGCUACUGCUGCUCGUUUGGAAGUCGACCCAGCUGCCCAAGAUUUCAAAAUCAUUGAGAACGACAUCACUCCCGAAGGUACUUUCCGUUAUGCUUUCACAACUGGCAACGGAAUCCAAGCCAAAUCAUCUGGUGAUGCCAAUGUGAUCACAGGAGCCUUCAAAUAUGUUUCACCCGAAGGACAAACCGUUGUUAUGACCUACACCGCUGAUGCUGAUGGUUACCAUCCAGCUGGAGAUCUUUUGCCAACUCCACCACCAGUGCCAGAGGCUAUCCUCCGCUCUCUAGCAUACAACUUGGCUCAUCCACAAAAGGAAUCUAAAUUGUAAAUUUAGCAAUGAAAUUUG